GGCUCUUCUCUGAGGCCGCUGCUCCACGUUGCACAUUGCGAACUCCAUUCACCAAGGGACUCAGAACUUCUGAGACUGGACCAUCUGGAGAGCUACGACCAGCAAAAGUCUCUCGAAAGAGAACGAGACACUUAUUCGACGAUGGACAACUUCCACAGCCCGGUGCCCCCACCACUUCCAAGAAGACAUGUCCGAUUACCACCACCUCAACAGCAAGCUACACUCGGUUCUCUCGGUGGAGGGAUGGGAGGGGUCGGAAAUGGAGGUAAUGGUACUACUGGAGCUCAAGGUCAGCCUUUGGUGAUGCCUGGAUUUCCACUUCGUGCAGCGGCGGUACCUCAUUAUUCCCCAUAUUCCCCAUCUCGAUUUCACAUUGACAAGAGAUGUCAACACAGAUGCUCCUGGAAAUGUUUCUCCAUUGGCUUGAUUCUCCUCACCGUCGCUCUCGUGGCUAUGCUCGCAUACUUCGCUGCUGUGAGUUCAAUGCGGCCAAUGGACAGCACUAACUGUAUUUUAGUUCAAGAUGUCAAGGCUGUCACACACGAAAACGCACACAUUCAUGAUUCGAUAUCUACACAAAUUCCAACUGAAGAGAGUCUACCAACGAGUACGGCCGAGCACUCAAGUGCCGCGGAGAACACUGGUGAACAGCAACAAAGCGAUCCGCAGAUACAGCAAUCGGCGCAACAAUGGCCGGCAGUUCUCGAAUUGCAAGCGUACAACGUCGCCCAUUCCACCAUGAUACCACCCUACCACUUUUGGAACACUGAGUUCUUGAACAAGCAGCCGGCCUUUAUACGACUCAACUUGACAUUGCCCUGGGGCGCGAACUUUGCCGUUUACGGACGACGUAAUGUUGCCCCCAGUGUUACGCAGUAUGACUUUGUCGAAUUCGUCAAAGGUGGCAGAGUCGACCAUCGGCUCAAGAGGGAAGCCAUCCAAGCUCUCAGCUACACCAAGCAACCAACUUCUGUCGGAAGGAUACAUUUCGAUCAUGAGAUGAAAGCCUCUGAAUUCGAUCACGUCCUGGUCAAGAGAAGUAACUUAGAGUCGAUGUUAGUCAAUGUCAGCCUCUUGCAAUAUCUGGACACUGGAAGAUGGUUCCUCUCGGUUUAUAAUGAUGAGUUGCAGCCUUACAAGGUCACUCUGAUAGUCACGGAAGCUGAGGGAGUGUCGACAACAUGCCUGAACGAUUGCUCGGGUCGAGGUUCCUGUUACCUUGGAAAAUGCGAUUGCAUCGAUGGCUAUCAGGGCGCUGACUGCAGCAAGAGUGUUUGUCCCGUUUUGUGUUCCUCGCACGGACAAUACGGCGGGGGUGUCUGCCACUGUGAGGAUGGUUGGAAGGGUGCCGAGUGCGAUAUACCCCUUGGGGAUUGCCAAGUUCCAGAUUGCAACCAACAUGGCGAGUGCGUACGAGGCUCCUGCGUCUGCAAUCCUGGAUGGAAGGGACCCUUCUGUUCCGAACCCGACUGUCCCGAUCGCAGCUGCAACGGACACGGAGCCUGUGUUGCAGGCAAAUGCUACUGUAAGGCAGGAUGGCAGGGCGAAAGUUGUAGCCAGGUGGACCAACAAGUCUAUCAGUGUUUACCAGGCUGUUCGGAACAUGGUACCUACGACUUGGAAUCGGCUGCCUGCAUCUGCGAGAAACACUGGACUGGAAUCGAUUGCUCGCAACCGAGCUGCGGCCUCGAGUGCGGACCACAUGGAACCUGCGAACAGGGUCGUUGCAAAUGCAACGACGACUGGACGGGGACGAAGUGUGAUCAGAAGCCUUGCGACCCUCGAUGUGCUGAGCAUGGUCAGUGUAAGAACGGAACCUGCGUUUGCAGUCAGGGUUGGAACGGGAAGCACUGCACAUUACCUGGUUGUGAGAAUUCGUGCAGCCGCCAUGGCUUGUGUACUUUACUGAAUGGCGAAUACAGCUGCGAGUGUUCAACCGGUUGGGCUGGCCGGGACUGCAGCAUUCUACUUGAAAUGGAAUGCAACGAUGAAAUUGAUAACGACGAGGAUGGAAUGAUCGACUGUUCGGAUAGCGAGUGCUGUUCUCAUGAGGCGUGCUCGGAUCACAUAAUGUGCCUUGCCAGCAAUGAUCCUGUCGAGGUUCUUCUUCGAAAGCAACCUCCAAGUGUCACUGCAUCCUUUUAUCAAAGGGUCAAGUUCCUCAUCGAGGAGAACAGCGUACAGAGUUAUGUUCACACGGACGAGUAUGGUGAAAGUGCGUUCUGGAGUUCCUUUACACCGCGCCGGGUUGCGGUAAUGCGAGGCCAGGUUGUUACGGAGCAAGGACUUGGAAUUGUAGGCAUUCGAGUUUCCGUUGACAAAGAUUCACGUUUUGGAUUCACCCUCACGAGAGCUGGUGGAUGGUUCGACGUUCUCGUUAACGGAGGAGGUGCAGUGACUCUGCAAUUUCAGCGAAGCCCAUUCAGGCCUCUCACGCGAACAGUUUUCGUUCCAUGGAAUCAAAUCGUAGUUCUACCGCCCGUCGUAAUGACCCUAAGCGAGGGCGGAGAAUCUCUCAAAGUGAAGCAACCACCUAGUCCUGCAGUUGGCUUCCCAGGGUUUUCAGUGGGUCUAUUUGGAGAAAAUGGUCCCUGUGUAGAACAUGAUCACGAAACACUUCGCCCUAUCAUCGUUGGAACCUGGAUGCCGGAAAAAGUUGGAGGACUACCUGGAAAGAGUUUGGUCUUUGCUGAAACCCAGAUCAUCCAAGAAAGUAUCGCAAUUCCGGGAUCGAACUUGCACUUGAUGUACCAGAGCAGCCAAGCGGCGGGUUAUCUGUCAACAGUAAGGAUGCAACUAACGGGGCCAUAUAUACCGAAAUCACUGACACAUGUACACGUUCAUGUCGAGAUCGAGGGAUCCUUACACACCAAGACUUAUGAGGCAGAUCCCAAUUUAACCCACACUUUCGCCUGGAACAAGCGAAACGUUUACAAACAGAAGGUGUACGGAAUCGCUCAAGCGAAAAUUUCGGUGGGCUAUCAGCAUUCGACAUGUCCCAGCGUGAUAUGGGAGACACAAACCGCUACCUUGCAAGGCUUCGAUGUCGAUAUUUCGGACGUGGGUGGUUGGGGUUUGGACAUCCACCAUCACUACAACUUUCACGAGGGCAUUUUGCAAAAGGGUGACGGGUCGACCCUGCAUUUUAAACAGUAUCCCAGAACUGUAAAGGUCAUCAUGGGAACUGGAUUGCAGAGGAAUUUGCAAUGCGACGAUUGCAAUGGUCUUGCAAAAGAUGCAAGACUUCUCACUCCAGUUGCACUUACGAGUGGACCUGAUGGGAGCAUCUACGUAGGCGACUUCAACCUUGUGAGACGAAUCACUCCUGAAGGAAAAGUAUUCACGGUUCUAGUUUUAAGGGCAACCCAGGUCGCCUAUCAAUAUUAUCUUUGCGUCUCGCCAGCAGAUGGUCAUUUGUACAUCAGCGAUCCAGAGAAACAUCAAAUUUUAAGAGCGCUUUCGUUGGAUGAGGUCCAAGAUCCCGAUAUCAAUAUAGAACCGGUUGUGGGAAGCGGGGAACGAUGUAUACCUGGAGAUGAGGGUCAUUGUGGUGACGAAGGACCGGCCAUUAGAUCUAAACUGGCUCACCCGAAAGGAAUUGCAAUCGCUGCCGACAAGACGAUGUACAUCGCAGAUGGAACCAACAUCCGAGCGGUGGAUCCCCACGGAGUUAUCCACACCCUAGUAGGUCACCAUGGUCAUCACAAUCACUGGUCUCCAGCUCCUUGCACCGGAGCAAUUCCAGCACACCAAGCACAACUUCAGUGGCCUACCGGUUUAACCCUCAGUCCCCUCGAUGGAUCCUUGCACUUUAUUGAUGAUAGACUCGUCCUUAAACUUACGAGUGACCUCAAGGUUCGUGUUGUAGCCGGAACACCACUACACUGUACGAGCAACGCUAAUAACGCUGAUUUACCAAAGACCAACUCAACAACGAUCUCCAAUCUGAAGAAACCUGAAGAAAUUCUUGGAUCAGUUUUAGCCGUUGGCUUCAGUCCCACUGGUGAAUUGUACAUCGCCGAUAGCGACUCUCAUCGCAUUAAUUCCGUCAGAGUAGUAGACCCUUCCGGAAAAAUGUCAUACUUCGCAGGUCAACAGCACGAACGUGUUCGGGGGCAAUGCGAGUGUAAUAAUACAACGCCGAGCAGUAAGGAAUCAGCAUUGAACUGCGCAUGUACGGAUGAUACAAGCAGUACCGAAACUCUACUAUCGUCGAAUGCAAAGUUUACGGCCAUUUCCGCCCUUGCCGUGUCGCCGGAUGGAGUUUUGCAUAUCGCUGACCAAGGCAGUUUGCAUAUUCUUGCGCUGCAGCCUUAUCUUCCUAAUCACGACGAGAGUGGCGAGUUCCAUAUUCCGUUCCCACCAUCGAACGAGGUUUACGUUUUCAACCGGUAUGGUCAGCAUGUAGCGACGAAGGACUUGACUUCUGGAAAGACGAGGUAUUCGUUCCUCUACAGUAAGAAUACGAGCUUCGGAAAACUUUCGACAGUAACAGACAGUGCUGGCAAUAAGAUUCAGUUCUUAAGAGACUACAGCAAUGUUGUAAGUUCCAUUGAAAACACUCAGGACCACAAGUCGGAGUUGAAGAUCUCGGGAGUUGGAUUCCUUGUAAAAUUAUCAGAAAGGGGAAGAUCAGAAAUCACACUUGAUUACGAUAGCUCAACUGGACUUUUGACAAGUCGAUCAGGAGGUCGAGAGACUUACAUGUACAAUUAUGAUGAUCUUGGACGAGUGACCGAAGUAAUUCUACCAACUGGAGAAAAAUUGAAAUUAAAGUCUCAGUUAACCACCGAUGAAACUCUUUCUGUUAAAGUCGCAGCACCUCUUCAGGCCCUAAAACUGGGAGAGAAACAGAGGUUCAUGGAAUUCCUGAUGAAGAGCGAAAGGUCGAAUAUGCUGACGAUCACUGAUGGUACUCAAGUCAGGAAGGCAACGGCUUUCCCCAACAGCACACUAGAAGUUUGUCUACCCGGAGGAGGAAGAAUAAUGACAGGUGCAACGACAAAGCAUCCUCUUCUUGAAGCUGCUUUACCCGUUGAAGCCGAGAUGCUUCCGAUGUGGAGUUACCAAAUGAUGACUUUGGGUGAAGUGACAAAUACUAUGUCAACAACGUACAACCUCGUUGGUGACGUAAGCCACCUUCAGCAAACGUUGAGCCGAGAAGUUUGGGUAAAUGAAACAAGAGUGAUAGGAGUUGAGUUUGAACAGGCGUUUAGUCGAGAAACCUUUUAUGAUAAAUCCAGAAACCCCCUUCUAACAGUCACCUUCGAUCCAGCGGGUCUCCCCUUAUCCUGGCAACCUCACAAUCAGGGCCACAAUCUCACGAUCACUUAUGACAGGUUCAAUCGAAUGGAUAGCUGGAGAUGGGGCGCUUCCGGCGAAUCUUAUGGAUAUGAUAGACAUGGGCAACUAGCAGAAAUUUCCAACAGCCAAGAUGGUGCCAAGCAUUACACCUACAACGAUUACAAUAUGCUGUCGAAGAUAACUCUACCAAGUGAUCGUGCUUUCUCUCUACAGUAUGAUGAUGAUGGUGGCUUGCGACACAUAAUUCUCCCCUCUGGAACUAAACACUCAUUCUCCUGCCAAUCAUCUCUAGGUUUUUUGAGAGUAACUUACACUCCACCCGGUAGUUCAAGAGCUUAUCUGCAACACUACAGUCACGAUGGGAACUUACUACAAACUGUAUUUCCUGGUGACGGGGCUAGAAUUGUCUACAGAUAUCAUACGUCAGGUCAGUUGGCUGAAGUUGUUCACGGAGAUGGAAAGAGCGAAAUGAGAUACACAGACAGUGGUUUACCUUCUGAAGUAAUACAUUCCGAAAGAGAUGUGGAAUACAAGUGGGACUAUCAGUACAACGCUGGUCUUCUAGUCGAGGAACGGAUAGACUUCGGUGCUAAAACAGGUCUCAGUAAUGCCAAGUUCACUUUCGAUUACGACUCAAACUUCCGAUUAAUAUCUGUGCAGGGACGAAUAGGUGGCCAGACGCUGCCCUCACACAUUAUGGGCUACAGUAAAAAAACUGGAACUCUGGAUCAAAUAGGUCCCUUCAAGAUAUCCAAGCUUCAGUCUAACGAGACGACAGUCUUCGAUGGAACAGCAAUAUUCUCAAGGAAAACUGACAUGAGAUAUCUUGAAACUCAGAUGACGGUUACUAUUCACGGGAUGGAAGUCUUUCGAAUGGAGUUCACUCAUGAUUCACAGGGUCGAAUCAAUCAGACGAGAACUUACACCAGGAACGUGGGGGUCAACACUUACACAAACGUGAAAAACUACACUUGGGAUUACGAUGGUCAGCUGACAGGUGUCGAGGCGCAGGAACCCUGGGACUUCAAAUACGACGCAAAUGGUAACAUGUUAUCGCUCACCUAUCGAGGAAAUACAAUUCCAAUGGAAUAUAAUUCUAUGGAUAGAAUUAUUAAAUUCGGAGAAGGACUCUACAAAUACGAUAACAGAGGGCUGGUGAUUCAGAACGCAAGGGAGGAGCGAUUCAAUUACAAUGCAAAGGGGCUUCUGGUCCGGGCAACAAAGAGGGGAAGAUUUGAUGUGAGAUACUAUUACGAUCAUCUUGAUCGUCUUGCAACAAGAAAAGACAAUUAUGGAAAUGUUACGCAGUUCUUUUACAAUAACCAGCAGAGACCUUACGAGGUCAGUCAAAUCUAUAGUCCACGGGAUGGAAAACUGAUGUCACUUGUCUAUGACGAUAGAGGACAUCUUAUAUACGCACAGGUCUACAGGAACAAAUAUUAUAUCACAACUGACCAAUGUGGAACGCCAAUCAUGGUCUUCAAUCAAUAUGGUGAAGGAAUUAGAGAAAUAAUGAGGUCUCCUUACGGACAUAUCGUUUAUGAUUCGAAUCCGUACCUCUAUCUUCCUGUUGAUUUCUGUGGAGGUCUUUUGGAUCAGGUGACAUCUUUGGUCCACAUGCCAAACGGGAAGGUGUAUGAUCCUCUGAUUGGACAGUGGAUGUCUCCCUUAUGGGAAAACGUACUAGAUAGACUUCAAACCCCGACUCAUCUUCACCUCUACAGGUUCAAUGGAAACAAUCCUAUUGAUGUUCAUCAAACAGAUCGCCACAAACAAUUAACAGAUCACACAUCCUGGCUCUCAAACUUGGGCUACGACCUGAACAGCCUCGCCCCACAGUUAUACCCGAACGAGCUUCCCGAAAGCCUAGUUCCUCCAGCCUUGGGUCCAGGGACAUCAAUCUUCGGCAAGAAGGAGCGAAUCAGGAACCUGGGUGUUCAGUCCGGCUUCUUGGCCUACAUUGCCCAGAGGCACUCUAGCGACACAGCCGGCCUCUCAGCUCCGCCGCGAUCAGCCUUGAAAAAAGACACCAGCGAGCUGAUUCCAAAUCGUCUCGGUGCUGCGUCAGAUCCUCCAUUUGGAAAAGGCAUCUUAGUCUCCAGGACCGCUGACGACCAAGCCGUGGUUUCAAGUGUCUCAACUGCCAAUACAAUUUACAAGGACGUCUUCACGACCGUCUUUAAUGAGUCCUACUUUUUGCCCUUUACUUUCGUAGUCCACAGUGCCCAACAGGACGCCUUUUACUUUGUGAAAGAAGACACCUGGAAAUCAACGGAGGACCGGGGGCAGCUGAAACGUCUUGGUGGUCAGGUUAACACCACAUUUCAUCAGAGCUCGAACGGAAGCGGCAGCAGUACUCUAGUGGAUGUGAAAAUCCACGGAGCCAGUUACGUGAUAAACCUCAGAUAUGGAACGACUGCCGAGAAGGAGAAGCAGCGGCUGCUUCAUCAUGCAAAGGCAACUGCAGUUCGUAAAGCCUGGCAUCGAGAACGAGAGGCUUUAAAGGCUAAUACCCCAACGAUGAUUGAGUGGAGCGCACCUGAGCAGGAUGAGAUCGUCAAGGUCGGUCUAGCUUCCAACUACGAAGGCGAUUACGUCCACGAUGCACAAAUAUAUCCGGAAUUAUCAGAGGAUCCCUACAAUGUUCGAUUCACGAAGAAACCCGUGGACCCAACUAGUAAAAAGAGACGCAGAAGAAGAGCUCCAUCGGCCUGUAAAUUCUGGUGGUCGGACAAGUUUUGCUAGGUGGUGUCGUGAAUGAAUUGUGUCUGAUCUCAUGAACUCUCUGUGUGAGAACGAGUGACCAGACGAGUCAUGGACACUAUCAAAAGUUUUAUACCAAAGUCUAUUUGUGUAUUUCGAAGAUGCCAAAUAAUAAGAUUAUAUUAUAUUAUAUUAUAUUAUAUUAUAUUGUACACCGUGAUAGGGUCUACUCCUAGGUUAAGACUGAAUAAUAAUCGAGAAUCAGAUCCUGCUGGAAAAAUUCAAGUGGACACCAAAGCGGAUAUUGCACUUCGAUUUUUCCAGCAAGAUAGCAACGGAAUUUCCAAGGAACGUUUUUGAAAACGUUGCCUAAAAAGAGAAUAGUGAAGAAAUCGAUACCUCCAUGUUAAAACAAAAAAAAACCUCUCUCAGAGUGGCUCAUGGUGGUAUCGAAAUAUAAAAAGAAUAGUGGUUUGGAAAGAUGUUCGCGUGACUCUGAAAGAAAGUUACGCGACCUGUCAAUACAAGGUACAUAACUAAGGAUAAUGAAACGAUUAGGUAUAUCACGACUUUUCGUCGUUGAGAUGAAACGAGUGAAUGGUCCUAGUCAAUAAAUAGCUUUACAUACUACUAAACGCUAUAUCUAUUGAAUUGUGCGUGAGUGUGGAAAAACGGACGCAAGGGUUCUCGAGAGAUCUGAGCUGAGAUUGAAAGCAGAUUUCCGGGAUCUUUGUCUUCUCGUUUUUAGUUCAAUGUAAGUUGUAAGACGAAAGAUACAAAGGCCAAUUACCCUAGUUGACCUUUUGACCGUAAUACAGUCACUGCGCUCCCUGGUGCAUAUUGUCAUCCUUUUUCACAUUUAUUCACAAUUUCACGUAGAACUCAACUCCAUUUUGAUCUUUUUACACAUUUAUAUUUACUUGUAUUUCUUCAUGUACUUAAAAUUAAGAAUUUAUGUGCAGCAACCCGACGUGCAAUCUUCUCUCACACAUUUUUUAAUUUGUUAUUUGUUUGUACAUGAAUAAAUACAAAUAGCAUUCCUCAAAGACCGACCCCUAUAUCCCCUAUUAUACCUUAUGUUCAGUUCAGAUACCUAAAGUACCCUAUUUUCAAGAUUUGGUACCUAUGGUAACUUAUUUGCAGCCCAUAAUGAAACUUUUGAAGAAAAUAACAAAAAUGAUUGAAUUUCUGCAAGAAGGAAUUGUAAAAAAUAAUCAAACGUCAGUUCACGUAUUGCUACUCCCAAAUUACAGUAAUUUCAAGGGAUUUGAAAUAUUUUAAGGUAUUUUUUAAACUUUUCGGUAUUUUCAAAAUCUUUUAAUUUGAGAUAUUUUAGGGAAUUGUGGAAGAUUCUAAGGACAAUUUAAAAUUAAUUUCAUUAAUUAGAAGGGAUGUCAAACCUUUUGAAAUUUUUUUAGUCAAAUAAGUUUCUAGAAUUUUGGAUGA